AUGUCCAAUAUUAUCAGAGAACCACGACUAGAAGCAACCAAAUUCUUCAAGUAUCAGAUAGAGAAGAAUGCACUUUGCAUUCACGAAUUUUUUAAGAGAGUCUCUGCCUUACAGUGGUCACUAAGUGCCUUUGUCAAGUAUAUUGCUAAGUUGGAGACUGGGCUGGGUUUUGAACAACUCUUCAAAGUGUUUGUUAAAAGUUUGGAUCAAAUUUGUGUGUUAUUCGUUGUUCCAGCUUGUGUUCGAGCAUUUGCUCAAAACUAUUUGAAAUGGCUGGAGGACACGGUGAAUGUUACUGCGCAAGCGGAGGCAUACCGCGCAUAUAUCACUGCACCAGCUGUGCCAACAAAGUCAAGCACAUCCUUCUCGGAAGAUCAACUCCCGGAGUACCACACUCAGCAAACAGACAGGACAUACACAGGUGAUGAAUCUGACCGGGGUACUGACGAAGAUGUUCAAGAAAGG